GAACCAUACAUUUCACUUGAAGACUAAUGUUCAAAGUUGGGAACAGAUUUUCAACGCAGCCGUCGAAGAGUGAAGACAAAUCCAUAAUACAUAAAUGAUGAUUUAAUUCGCCCACCUACUCCACUCUUAUUUGGUUUUAAUUCUUCAGUCGUCACUGCAAACGUGUAAUCUAAGCAUCAAUCAUCUUUAUUAUUAACACAAAGUAGUCACUCUCACUCACACAGUGAAGGAGAAAGCCGUCCAGUUCCAGGAUGAGUAAUGGAAGAGGGAAGGUGGUUUGCGUAACAGGCGCUUCGGGAUACAUAGCUUCAUGGCUGGUUAAGCUUUUACUUGACCGUGGUUACACUGUUAAAGCCACCGUCCGCAACCUCAGCAACCCAAGCAAGGUUGAACACCUGAUGGCACUUGAAGGAGCUAAGGAAAGACUGCAUUUGUUUGAAGCCAACUUAACGGAAGAAGGAUCUUUUGAUUCUGCAAUUGAUGGUUGUGAAUGCGUCUUUCAUACAGCGUCGCCUGUUUUCCUUUCAGUCACUGAUCCUCAGGCAGAACUUCUAGAACCUGCUAUAAAGGGAACACUUAAUGUUCUCAAAUCAUGCACAAAGGUACCAUCAGUUAAACGAGUGGUUAUAACGUCUUCUAUGGCUUCCGUAAUGAAUAACGGGAGACCUCUAACUCCUGAUGUUGUAAUUGAUGAAACCUGGUUUUCGAAUCCAGCAUUCUGUGAGGAAACAAAGCAAUGGUACCCUCUUUCGAAAACCUUGGCAGAGGAAGCUGCAUGGAAAUUUGCACAUGAAAAUGGCAUUGACUUGAUAAUUUUGCAUCCUGGAUUUGUUAUCGGUCCUCUGUUGCAGCCAACUCUCAAUUUAACUUCUGAGGCUAUUUUGAACUUCAUUAAAGAAGGGAAAGAAAUUUUUCCUGAUGGAAUCUACAGAUAUGUUGAUGUUAGAGAUGUUGCUCAUGCACAUAUUCUAGCAUUUGAGAAUCCUUCAGCUAGUGGCAGAUACUGUCUAGUUGGAAUAGUGACAUAUUCUUCUGAAGCUCUAAAGAUUUUAAAUCGGCUUUUCCCUUCCCUCAACCUCCCUGCAAAGUAAGUCUUUAAUAUGCACUAUAUUAAUCAG